UUGCUCGCUGUCUCCUCUCUUCAGCGCGUCCCUCACCGCAUUACAGCUGCUCAUCGCUGUAAUAGUCUAUAGGCUAUCCUUGCCUGCUCCUCUCCUUCCCUACAAACCUGUCACUGUCUUUUCCCACCCACCCAAAUACCUACCAUGCUCUCUCUCUUGCUGCUUGCUCCUCUUGCACUCGCUGCGGGUCAUGAUAACCUCAUCCGGCGACAGACACACAAGGCCCGCAUGGCCACUCCCGAAGCCGAGCUCGAGAAGAGACAAGACGGGACUUUCGGCGGUCGUGCUACCUUCUUCGAUGUCGGCCUGGGCGCUUGCGGACAGUACAACGUCGCGAGCGAUUUCAUCGUUGCCCUUAACACCCCCCAAUACGGCGGGGGCUCUCCCGGCCCCGAGUGCUUCAAGAUGAUCACGAUCACUUACAACGGGAACACGCAGCAAGCACAGAUCAUGGACGAAUGCCCUUCCUGCAACUACGGCGACCUCGACAUGUCCCGCGGCCUGUUUGACUCCUUCGCUUCCGAGGACCUGGGCGAGUUCCAGAUGACUUGGUGGUACAACGAUGCCGCGCCGCCGCCUUCCCAGCCCACGACGAGCACGCAAGACCCACCUACGAGCACUUGGCAACCGCCUCCCACCACUUCCCAGUGGCAGCCACCGAGCACGACGAGCACGUCUACGACCCCGACCCCGACCCCGACGAGCACAUCCACCUCUACGAGCCAGACGACCUCCUCGUCCACAUCGUCGACGUCUUCCUCGUCCAGCUCCAGCGGUACAGACUCUCUCAACGGCACCCCCACCACGCUCUCUACUGCUCCCAACGCGACCCCCAGCCCAGGAAAUUCCAUAAACAACGAGAACGACCUCAACCAGCUCGUCGUCGCCCUGGGGAACAUAAUCGCCAAAGCACCAGCGUCGAACUGAUCUCCCAGACUCUAUAUCCGCAUUUGUUUUUCUUGGUCUCGCAGGUCUUUCACGCACACAAACAAGAUGCUUUUGUCUUUCCCUCUCCGUCUUCCCUCCCCACCUUAACUUACGACCCCGCGCGCUGCCCUCUUUCACCAGCGUCGCGACGCAAGCCGCUUAACUUCAGCCUCUAAACCAAGAGGUCAAUUCAACGACUGGGAAGGAGGAUCCUCUGUCCGGACGCUAGACGUAGGAUAUCGCUGGCCUCUUUCCUUCUCUUUCUCUCUACCUUUUCUUUUGCUAUCGAUUUGAAACGUCCAUAGUGGAUACAGUUUUGUACAUGGCAUUUGAAGGGGGAAAUUGGAUGUUCUUG